AUCCCAAAAAACAAUAUAUCUAAACCGAAACACCCUUAAAAGUCGCACUGCUGCCGCUUCUCUAUCGUCAGAAAAGAAUCUCUUAUCUCCUUCCCUUUUUAUCCAAAUAAUAAUAAUAAUUAAUAAUAUUCACUUUCAUCAUAUCGAUCAAUAGCUCAAUUCAUCUUCCAUUUUCGUGAUCCAUAUCGUAUUAUUCAUCGAAAAUCUUUUCAGAUUUUACCAUCUAGACCUUUACUUCAACUUAUCCACUGGGAAAUGAGUGCUUUGCAAAGUCGAGUUGUUUGCCCUUCCGUAUAUGGGAAACAAAGUGCGGUUCAUGCGGUUCCUGCAAUUGAGGGGUCUUUAAUGAAGACCAAGAUUCAAAAAAGUGGAAUUUGGGGAUUAAAAGGCGUUAACCGCCCAAAGGUUCAUGUGCGCAAGCAACGUGGAUCAAAAACCGUCACAUGUAGUUUCAGUUCAUCUUCAAAUGGAAAUGGUAGCAUGGCAGAAAGCUUCAAUGAAAACGAUUCAGAUUAUGUCAAUUCCAGUGUCGUUGAAGCUGUUGAGGUGAAGAGUGGCCCUGAUGGUUUUAUAAUCAAAAUGAGGGACGGAAAGCAUUUAAAGUGUGCUCAUAACAAUCCUCAAGGUAGCCAUUUGCCCGAUUACGCUCCGCAUCCAGCAAUUGUACUGAAAAUGGAAGACGGGACGGGCCUUUUACUUCCUAUAAUCGUUUUGGAGACGCCUAGUGUAUUGCUUUUGGCAGCUAUGCGCAAUGUUCAGAUUGCUAGGCCUACUAUGUAUAAUGUUGUAAAGGAGAUGAUUGAUAAAAUGGGGUAUAAAGUCAAACUUGUCCGAGUGACCAAGAGAAUACACGAGGCGUAUUUUGCUCGGCUAUAUCUAACAAAGGUGGACGAUGAAAGCGACUGUGUUAGUUUUGACCUUCGUCCCUCUGAUGCCAUCAAUAUUGCUGUGAGGUGCAAGGUGCCCAUACAAGUGAACAAGUUUUUGGCACACAACGAUGGGAUGAAGGUUGUUGAAUCUGCAAAGCUUGCGUUGCAGAGUUCUCCAGAUGGUUUAACCUAUAAGGAACUCGAUCGACCAAGUGGACAGCCGUGUGUUGAAACCAAGGAGUUUAAUCUUGUACGGAACAUGCUUAUUGCUGCUGUUGAGGAACGCUAUAGAGACGCAGCUCAGUGGAGAGAUAAACUCACUCAGUUCAGAUCUAAGAGAAACUGGGCAUAACAGGACUAUCCAAUCUGUAAAUAAUUGGUCUGCGAAGUUGGGUCGUUAAGUAAAUAAUAAUGGUGUCUAUGUAGUUAUGUAUAAUGUCUAAGGUGUUGUGAAUAUGUGAAUAGUUGAAAAGAUGAUGGAUGGAUGUAUGCUCUUAUGGACAUUUGCUUUCCUGCAUA